AUGCCAUCGACUUGUCACAACCUCUUUGAGAACUUCUAUUGCUGUCUCACAGACGAACCUUUGUGCUUGGCGCUAGUGGUUGCACCAAGUGCAGUUCAAACUACACCUUCCUUGUUCGAAGCACCCUCCGAUAAACUAGAUGAGCAAGAGACUGGGGCCCCCGAUGGCAAUGCUGCAGGUGAUGCAAAGGAGUUGGACGCCCUCCUUCCGCUGAUCGCGGAGCUCCGGGGCGUUCAGCUGCAGGCGGAUCCUGCGUCCUUAGCAGAGGUCAGGACCUUCCUGCAAAGCCACGAGGCUGAAACAUCAAAGAGCGCUACGCACGUGGUGCUCGAGAGUUAUCCAGACUGGUGGGUGAGGAAACGGCGGGCUCCCCCGGGACUCCUCGUGCAGGGCGCCGCAGAUUUAGAGGAGCUGAACCGCCACUUGGGCUUUCUGCAUUCCCUCGGGAUUCCUCUCACCCUCGCGGAGAGGCGAACGCGCACUUUCCGCUUCUUCCAGGAUCUCGAAGCCUGGGGCAGCCGAGAGGCAGCACCUGCGGUCACCCAGCUCAUGAGCCCGGAGUCCCCAUUGGCUCGGCUCAUUGGCCAGGUGAUUGGCGAGGUGUUCCCGAGCGCAACCGGGUUUCUGGAUGUCGCCAUCUACAACGCGACCGGGCUCUCACAGACAAAGGGCGUGAGGAAAAUGUCCCUGCGGCUCGUUUGGCCGGGGGUCCUCGUAGACGCCGACCGUGCCCUGAGAGUCCGCGACCUCCUUGUGUCGCGCCUGGUCGCCGUCACUGCGGAGGAUGCGGGCCUCCGAGCGCUGGAGGAGCAGCUGAAGGCUGCCAACCCUGUGAACAUGUGGCACUCGGUGGUUGGCGACUCUGCGUAUUGCGCACGGGCAGUGGUGCGAAUGCCGCUCUGCGAUCGGGUCGCGCCGCUGCCCCUCCGUGGACCAGAACGGCGCCCAUUCAAUCCAGUGGGCGUGAUGCGCUUCACCUACUGCUCCGAGGGUAAGAUGAAAGCCGAGUGGCUCUGCGAGGAGGCCGAUCUAGACCCGGCGGAAUGGGCCAAGAUCGGAUGCCUGCGGAAGGAGGGCGAGGCCAAUGCUGAGCCACAACUGACGGAGUGGCGGAUGCCGGCGUGGCAGCCGCAGACACCAGCGCCGCCAAGCGCAAGUCGUCCGGGGAGGAUAAAGGUCCGAACGACGGCCGGCAGUGACGGACCAGGCUGUGGUGGCGGCCUACGGCUGCGAGCGCGCCAUCAGGCAACCUUCGAGCGUGCUGGACAAUUGCAGAUCGUCGAGCGAUCCUUCUCCUGCACGGUCGAGGAGUUCAUCGGAAAGAUGGAGCCACAGCUUGGCAAGGCGACCAUUGAGCCGGAUGGUGCUAGAGUCUGGAAGCAGCCGAGCAGUGAAGCUCGGAUACUCAUGUACGCAGAGGACAAAGUUGUGAAGGUCGUCGGGCGUCCGAAUCAGGUGCGUUCGCUCGUCGUGAUCAUCGCGCCACAUACGGAGGCUCCAAAGAAGUUUGGCCUGCACAGCAUGACAGAGACGAAGGAGACGAAUGGCUCCAACUGCAACGGCAAUGGAGCCUCACUCGAGGCACGGAAGCCGCGACCGUCCCCGUCGGCAGCCUUUGCUCCGGCCACGGCGGAAGCGGCCGAAGGAGAGAAGGAUGGAGCAAAACCUCCAUCCGCAGCUGCACCCGACCAACCAGAGCAUCUAUAUGUCGCAGCGCAAGAUUUCGACGCUGUGGGCCAGGGAGAGUUGGGACUCGUCAUCGGCGAUGUGGUGCAGCUGCUGUUGGAUCCACAGGUGGGCACCGGGCAGGACAGGUGGGUCUACUGCUCCAAAGAGGAUGGGAACGACCGAGGAUGGUUACCUUUCUCCCACCUGGUGGCACAAAGUUUGCGAGACUGA